UGAAGAUCUGUGUUGAUGCGUGUUUAAUACUGUCACGCAUUAUUUAACGGAGGAAAGUAAAGCAAGGACCAUGACAGCUCCAUUUAGAUCACUUGCUGAAGAUACUUCAAGAUACCUCAAAUCAUUUGAACUCUUUCUGGAUCGCUCAUCAGAGCACCAAUGUAUGCAGGACUUCAUCCAUAAUACUCUACCAGACAUACUGGGAAGCAUUGGUGGAGGACGGCCCAUUUUUAAUGUAAUGGGUGUAGGGAGUGGUACAGGUGAGAUUGAUUUAGAGAUAUUAGCACAGCUACACAUGAAACAUCCACAAGUCAAAGUUAACAAUGAAGUGGUGGAACCGAGCACUGACAUGUUACACAAGUAUAAAGUUCUGAUGUCAAAAACGCCAAAUCUUGAUUAUAUUAACUUCAUGUGGAAUAAGAUGACAGCUUCAGAAUUUGAAAAACACUGGCAGGAGAAAAACCUUGGGAAAAAGAUGGACUUCGUUCACUUGAUACAGAUGCUGUAUUAUGUGAAAGAUCCAGAGGCCACUGUCUCAUUUUUCCAGAGUCUGUUAGAAAAAGAUGGAAAACUCUUAAUCAUUCUUGUGUCAGGUGAGAGCGGAUGGCGAAAAUUAUGGAGGACCUACAGAGCUGCUCUCGGUAACACUGAGAUCCAGUGUGUUACUACGGGAGAUAUAAAGACCUUAGAUACCAAGGACAUCCCAUACAGUAAAUAUGUGCUUCAGUCCCAUAUAGACAUCACAGAGUGUUUCACAGAGGGAGAUGAGGUCGGAGAACUGCUGUUGGAUUUCCUAACUCAUGUGGUAGAGUUCAGUAAGAACGCUCCUGAGGACCUGAAGAAAGGAGUGCUGGACUUACUGAGACAUCCAGACUGCAGUAAAGAGGUGGACGGCAGGAUAAUGUUCAACAAUAACCUGGAAGCCUUAGUGGUUGGGCUGUACUAUCAUAGGUCGCCUUUUGCCACCAAAACAACCCUGACCCCUCAAGGCAUGCACUCCACUAGACCUCUGAAGGUGUGCUGCUGUGCAAGGACCAUGGCAGCUCCAUUAAGAUCACUUGUUGAAGAUUAUUCAAGAUACCUCAAAUCAUUUGAACUCUUUCUGGAUCGCUCAUCAGAGCACAAAUGUAUGCAGGACUUCAUCCAUAAUACUCUACCAGACAUACUGGGAAGCAUUGGUGGAGGACGGCCCGUUUUUAAUGUAAUGGGAGUAGGGAGUGGGGCAGGUGAGAUUGAUUUAGAGAUGCUAGCACAGCUACACAUGAAACAUCCACAUGUCAGAGUCGACAAUGAAGUGGUGGAACCGAGCACUGACAUGCUACACAAGUAUAAAGUUCUGGUGUCAAAAACGCCAAAUCUUGAUUAUAUUAACUUCACGUGGAAUAAGAUGACAGCUUCAGAAUUUGAAAAACACUGGCAGGAGAUAAACCUUGGGAAAAAGAUGGACUUCAUUCACUUGAUACAGAUGCUGUAUUAUGUGAAAGAUCCAGAGGCCACUGUCUCAUUUUUCCGGAGUCUCUUAGAUAAAGAUGGAAAACUCUUAAUCAUUCUGGUGUCAGGUGAGAGUGGAUGGGGGAAAUUAUGGAGGACCUACAGAGCUGCUCUCUGUAACACUGAGAUCAGCCAGUGUGUCACUACUGGAGAUAUAAAGACCUUCUUGGAUACCAAGGACAUCCCAUACAGUAAUUAUGUGCUUCAGUCCCAUAUGGACAUCACAGAGUGUUUCACAGAGGGAGAUGAGGUCGGAGAACUGCUGCUGGAUUUCCUAACUGAGGUAAUGGAGUUUAGUAAGAACGCUCCUGAGCACCUGAAGAAAGGAGUGCUGGACUUACUGAGACAUCCAGACUGCAGUAAAGAGGUGGAUGGCAGAAUAAUUUUCAACAAUAACCUGGAAGUCUUAGUGGUGGAGCCGUAGCCCAAUGACUCUUUAAUAUCUGACCUGACCUCCAAAGGACUUUGGCAUUCAAUUUCAUGCCAGUGCAGCAGAAUGUGUACUGUAUAUUUACAUUUAGAAUUUCUAUACCAUAAAUAUGGUGGUCUGGCUUAUCCUAACAUAUUAAACAUAACAAACAGCAAUUGCAUAGCUUGGCCAUCAUAAUGUACACACACAUUUUCAUUUAAAUAAAGGUCUAUGGGAAUUAUAGAUUACUUGGCAAAACAGAUAAAAACAUGCCUCGGUAGCAAAGUUCAAAUGUGUAAUGACUUAUUAACUGAGAAGCUCAUAGAGUGAGUUUACUGUGACAUACUUUAUAAUGAAACAUUAUGUAUUGUUUGCUUGGUGACUAGUUGUGGUAUUGUGGGCUAUUGUUUAAAACCAGACAGGACUAAGAUUGGCUUUAGCUAAACAGUACAUUAAAGAUACGUGCAUUUAAAAAUACAAUAAAAAGAGUUAUUCUUGUUGUUGCCUA